AUGAAUUCACCUUACACAGCUAUGCAGUAUUACCCAGAGUUUCCCUUUCAUCGACUCAGGGACCCUCCAUCCCGUUUGUCCUGGAGAGAGAGCUCAUUCCUCACUACCAUGUCCCAGAAUCCGUCAGCACAGACAACUGACUUCUUCAGCCAAGACGUAUUCAACCAGCUGUUUGAUAUGCUUGACCAAUCUGCCAUUCAUUCAGUCCAGCCCAUUGAGCUGAACUUCACAGACAGCCCAACAGAUGGGUCUGCAGGAAACACCAUUCAGAUCAGUAUGGACUGCAUAACCAUGCAUGAGCCAGAUGAGACACUUUCUUCACAGUAUACAAACCUGGGGCUCCUGAACAGCAUGGAUCAGAACAUUCAGAACGGUGGCUCAACCUCUACCAGCCCCUACAACAACGACCAUGCACAGAACAGCGUGACAGCCCCAUCACCCUACGCCCAGCCAAGCUCCACCUUUGAUGCCCUUUCUCCCUCACCAGCUAUCCCAUCCAACACAGAUUACGCUGGACCUCACACUUUCGAUGUGUCCUUCCAGCAGUCUAGUACAGCAAAGUCUGCCACCUGGACGUACUCAACAGAACUGAAGAAGUUAUACUGCCAAAUUGCCAAGACAUGUCCCAUUCAGAUCAAAGUCCUGACCACCCCUCCACAGGGUGCUGUUAUCAGAGCCAUGCCUGUUUACAAGAAAGCUGAACAUGUGACCGAGGUGGUGAAACGCUGCCCGAACCACGAGCUCAGCCGCGAGUUCAAUGAUGGUCAGAUCGCUCCUCCCAGCCAUCUGAUCCGCGUGGAGGGAAACAGCCAUGCCCAGUAUUUGGAGGACUCCAUCACUGGAAGACAGAGUGUAUUAGUUCCGUACGAGCCUCCCCAGGUGGGGACAGAAUUCACAACAAUUUUGUACAACUUCAUGUGCAACUCGAGCUGCGUGGGUGGAAUGAACAGACGCCCAAUUCUCAUCAUUGUCACUCUGGAAACCAGAGAUGGUCAGGUAUUAGGCCGCCGGUGCUUCGAGGCCAGGAUCUGCGCCUGCCCGGGCAGAGACCGCAAGGCAGACGAGGACAGCAUCCGCAAGCAGCACGUAACAGACGCCACAAAGAGCAGUGAGGGUACGAAACGCCCCUUCCGCCAGGUGUCCCAUGGCAUACAGAUGUCCACUAUCAAGAAGAGAAGAUCUACAGAUGAGGAGGUUUUUUGUUUGCCUAUCAAAGGCCGUGAAAUUUAUGAGAUUUUGGUAAAAAUCAAAGAGUCUCUGGAACUCAUGCAGUUUCUUCCGCAACAUACCAUAGAAUCAUACCGACAGCAGCAGCAAAAUCUACUUCAGAAACAGACCUCAAUGCCGUCUCAGCCCUCCUUCGGCUCGAGCUCCCCAACUCACGGAAAAGUAAACAAGCUGCCCUCCGUCAGCCAGCUCAUCAACCCCCAGCAGCGUAACACACUCACCCCAUCCAGCAUGUCUGGAGGCCUGACUGACAUGACUCCUAUGAUGGGCACUCACAUCCCCAUGAAUGCUGACAUGAGUUCACUGAGCCCCACACAUGCACUGCAGCCACAGCUACCCCUGGUGCCUUCUUCCCACUGUACCCCCCCUCCUCCAUACCCCAUGGACAGCAGCAUCUCAAGCUUCCUUAUACGGCUGGGCUGCGCAGGCUGCUUGGACUACUUCACAGCACAGGGCCUAACCAACAUCUACCAGAUUGAGAACUAUAACAUGGAGGACCUGUCCAGGCUUAAGAUCCCUGCAGAGUUCCAGCACAUCAUCUGGAAGGGCAUCAUGGAGCACCGACAGGCCAUGGAUUUUUCCCCACCUCCCCACAUAGUGCGCACCACCAGUGGGGCCUCCACUGUCAGCGUAGGCUCCUCCGAGGCCCGAGGCGAGCGCGUCAUCGACGCCGUACGCUUCACCCUGCGCCAGACCAUCUCCUUCCCGCCGCGCGACGAGUGGUCCGACUUUUCCUUCGACCUGGAUUCUCGCCGCAACAAACAGCAGCGCAUCAAGGAGGAGGGAGAGUAAGACGGCCUCUGUCUUGUUCUCAAUGUUGCCAUUUCUCAUUUCAUGCCUGCCUUUGGAACAUUUCAUUUGAAAACCUGGUAUUAGUGCGAAUCCUGCUGAGAACAAAACACAUAUUCACAUACAUAGAAAUGCACUUAUUUUCAUUGUUUUUCUGGUUCUCGUUAUCGCAGAGAAAUGAAUGGUGUUGGGCAAAGGUGCAUUUUAUUAUGUUGUAAUUUCUUGAGAGCACUUAAGAAAUGCUGAGGAUUUCAAGAUUGCUUUGAGGUUUUGUUAAGUGUUCACGAUUCAUUCCCAUGUAACUGGAAGCAAAAUUUGCAUUAAAGGGCUUAUUAGGGCUUAUAUUUCUGCUAUGGGCCAUAGCAAAAUUGUAUUUUAGUUUGUAAUACUUUGUAAUAAGUUUUCACCAUUAUGGUUGUACAAGUUAGUCAAGUACACUGGUUUUCAUUUGUGGCAGACGUCAGCAUUGAUUGUAUACAUUUCAAACAUUUCCUGUCAGAAGUAUUAUGUCAGUUGAUGGGCAAUUUGUUUUCUGCUGUAGCUUCUAUAUUUUGCUUUUUUUUAUGUCUGUUGUGAGACCAAUGCAUCACCUUAUUGUGUCAGGUUGUGAAGUAUGUGUGCUUAAGUGACAGAUGGUCGUUCAUUUGAUGUAGCCAUAUAUAGGCCUAAUGCUCUUGACCCAGUGUUUUACUGCACAGUGAUACUAUGACUGAUGUUUUCUUUGAUCCUGUUUUACUACUGUGUGAAAGUGGUUGUGAUUGCAUUUUAAGAGCAGGCUGUUGCUCUUGCAGUGGAUGCCUAGCAAAAGUAUUUUUUUUAUUCAUGAACCAUGUUUUGGUAGAGGUUUAUUUCAUUUGAUAACUGGCCAAAACCUACGAUAUACUGUAAAUGUAUAUACAUUUGUAUAGUUCUUUUUUGAAAGUCUCCCUAAAGAAAAUGCAUGAUUUUCACCAUGGAACAAAGCAUACUGAUGUGAAUAUUGACUGGUAGCUUUACCAGUGAGAACAAUGUUUGUAUUAAUUCAGAUGAGUGCAUGCAGUGUGUACUACACAUUAGCCCGUAGCCCAUUUUCAUCAUUGUUUCAAGUAGUCAACAUUGUUAGAAAGCAAAAACAUUUGCAUUUUCAUAUUUUUGUACAAUGUAUUGUAAAUAUGUUGCAAUAUAC